AUGAGCGGAUCAAGAAAUUCUGUUCAUGCUGCAGCCGUUACUGAGGAGGAGGAGGAAGAGGAAGAGGAGUACGAUGGCGAGGAGGAGGCUUUGAACGAGGACUACUCGGUCGAUGAUUUCGCAUCUGACGGUGGACGAGACGGGAGGACCAAGGGCUCUGACUACGUGGAUGGAGAUUCGGCAGAGCACUACUCCGACGACUCUCAAACUUCCUUGGCGUCUUCUCCUUCAGAUGUGGUGGAAGACGACGGGACCUCGUCGCAGUCUGACCACCUAGACGAGCUGGAGGGCGAUGACGAUGGCAACUCGGGUACUGUCUUGUGUGGAUACAAGGAAUACUAUAAGGAGAAUGAUUCGCUGUUUCCUACCUGGCAGAUCUUGAGCUUUGUAGACGACGAUGAAGGGAGAGAGGAUGUGGCGAGAGGGAUUGCGGAGAUAGAGGAGGAGAGGAGAAAGAAGGAGAGAGUGAAGCAAGUCAGACAAAGUCCUGUUUCCCUCCUGCACUUUCCUGUCUGGUCUGACGUCAUCAACCGGAUGGGAGAGAUGGUUGAAAGCGCAACCCUGGACAAGAACUUCUGGAAGCAACGUUCAACGAGCGACUUGGAUGAAUGGACAGAAAACAGCAAUAGUGCUGACGGCGUGAGAAGAGUGCGGGAGAAUAACAUUGUUCUGCUCCUGUCAAGAGGAAACACGUUGGAAGCGAUGGCUCAGUUACGAAUAUCGCUCCGUUUCCACCAGUCGCGCUGUGAAACAGAUUACAAGCAAGUUGCCAACAUGUACGAAAGGUUCCUUUACCUCGGCAACCAUGCGGCGGCAAUGGCGAUGGAUCGAGGAGAGCUGUUGUACGCCUGGAAGAUCAUCUCACUGGUCAAGGAGGAAGAGGCUUCAUGGCCAUGCGGGAGAGGAACAUUGUUUCGGAAUCACUGGGAUCUUGUUGGGUUUACCCUCGUUAUCAUAGCAUCGCUAUAUUUCCGCAACAAGAGGGUCAGGCAGAGCAUCAAGAUCUUGAAAGAUUGCAUCAAACUCGAAGAUCACGCAAAGAGAUCUCUUGCAUGUAGCAAGAUAGCAAGAAUCAACCUUGGGGCUGCUUGUUUGCAGGCUGGGUUGUCAUGGGAGGCAGUUACAAGGUUGAAAGCUGCACUCAACAUGUCGGAAUCUAGUUUGCUCGACGACAUCUCUCAAGCUAGUGUCUCUCGGGAGCUCUGCGGCUGCCUCUCUCAGUUCAAAGCGCUUCAGUUCAACAACUAUGCUGACAUCUCAUCGGACGAUGUGUUGGAAAUGACCGCGCUGCUCAAUCUCAGUUAUGCCUACUUAAAAGUCGGCAAGAUCAAAAGUGCCAACAAGACGCUGGAAGAAAUCCAAACUCACAUCUCGACUCUCAACUCCCCGCAUUCUCUUCCAUCCUCAUCUGCUCGCGCCUCCCUCCUCCACCGCUUCUCCAACUCCCUCCGAUGGCUCUCACAGCAGGUGGACACGACGUGCAUGCGCAACCAGCUCCCAGCAGCGGCAGCAUCGCGAUCAUCGCCAGCCAUGCACAUGUGGAGCUCGAAGAUGGACGACUGGGCGGUCAAGAUGAGAAGAUUCGAUCCCAGCAGCAAGCUCAACUCCUCCACUCUCCUGAUGUCUCACCUUCCUCGCUCGUACAUGAGGUCUCGUGCUCCUGAUGCUUGUCCUGCCCUCGUCCUCUCCCACUUCCACAACCCUUGUGCUCCUGCUUGUUCGCCUUGA